UUUUGGUAGUCUUUCUUAUGCUGUUUUUCUGUUUUGGAUUUCAUAAUAGUAUUGGCUUUCCAUCUUUGGUAUAGCUGUUCGAAGCAAUAUCAAGAUGCUAAUUUUCUAUGCUCCAAAAGCAACCCUUAAUCAUCUUUCAAAUUUUUCUGUGCUCCAAAAGCAACCCUUAAAUCAUCUUUCAAAUCAUCUCCUGUUAUCCCUUAGUUGAUGCAUGUGAAAGUGCAGGAGCAUUCUUUCUGUGCCUCUUGAUCCCAAUUCCAUGUGGCAAGGGGCAUUUAAAUGAUGAGAAUUGCUUUUUAAAGUAAAGUUGAUGUACUUGAAUUCUAUUCAAUUAGUCAUUAUUUUUCGACUUGCUUGAAAAUUUAGCUGAGGUUAAUCGUGGAAGUUGCUUUCCAGUCAUAUGCUACAUGUGGUGUAAUGAUCUUUAUAUGGAUGUUGCUUGUCCAAGCAAAUACUCUCAUGAAGAGUUAUAUUUUCAGGCAUUUGACUUUCUGAGAACUUUGAGAAACGAACCAUUCUUGCAGCUUUUCCAUUCUCUAUAUGUAUAUCCUUUAACUGUGAGCUUGAGUCAGAAAAGGAAUCUAUUCGUAAGAGUUGAGCUAAGAAAGGAUGAUGCAGAUGUUCAUAGACAACCUUUAGAGGCAAUGUAUCCAAGGGAACCUGGUUUAUCACUUCAGAAGUGAGCCCACACACAAGCCCACACACAAGUUGCUGUUGGUGCUCGGGUGGCCUGCUACCAUGAUGAAAUUAAAGUUUCUCCCUGCUGUUUGGACACAAUUGCAUCACCUUCUAUUCACUUUCUUCCAUGUUGAUCUUCAAAUGAAACUAGAAGCUGUGAGUUCAAUGAGAUCCUUUUUUCUUUUCCUUCCAUUUGAAAUAAUACAAAAUCAUCUGAACCUCGUCUUAGUGGUUGUAUACUCGUUGGUUAGUGGUUUGGCCUGUUUUGCACUCCUCUCAUUCUAUCUUUUAUUGCAAUCCCAAGUAGUUCUGUUCUUUUACUUGCCAGGUAGUAAUUGGAUAUGCAGCGCUUCCAUUGUCCACCCAUGCACACUAUGCA